AGGACACUACAGAGUUGUUUAAGAAACAAAGCAGUGGAAGUGAUUGACUGUUCAUUUGUUUCUAUUGCACGGACCAUAAAGUGAAGCAAAUGUCGUGUGAUGAGAUGUCGGUUCCCCCUUAUUUGCUGUUGACCACCUUUGGUGAAAGGCUACAGGAGUCAAUGUCAAACGAGUCUAAAGAGACAGAGAAAGUUGUCAGGUUGACAGAACUGUCGACGAGUGGUGUGAUGGGUAGCCUUCCAGGGCGGUUCACAGACUAUAAUGAUCAGUUUGUACAGACUAUAAGUGAUAGUGGUGAUAUAUUGGAACAUGCCAUGAACAGAGGUGGCCAGAAUCAGGAGGAGACUUCUGCAAACUCCAGUAGAAAUAUCAUUCAAAGCGUUCAUUACGAUGAGGAAAUGGCUGACCUUGGGGACUUUGCUGAGGAGGAUUCAGUGUCUGUGAGUCGAAACCCUAACGAUUUUGACGGUGAGGAGCAUGAAGAUGGUUCAGAUAACGUGAAUGGUGAUGCUAAGAAGCGUUCUAAGGGAUCCAUUGGAAAGAACUAUCCACUACCAACUAAGUGGGUCACAAGCCCCAACUCACCGCUCGCUCUUUCGCAGAAUGGGUUGAAUGUCAAAUUUGCUUUCAGACAAUCACAGCCCGCCCAAAGGCACUAUGAUGUGAAAUGUGCAAAGGGUAAUGCUGUUAUUCCUAUAAACUGUGGUGUCUUCUACUAUGAGAUAAGGGUAUUGAAUGCAUCGAGCAAAAACUAUGAAAAAGCUUGCGACAUCUCUUUGGGAUUCAUGAAUGCUGGAGAAUUAUCAAACAUUUCAAAAGCCCCGGGAUUGGAGAAUGGUACUUAUGGAUUCCACGGUGCAGAUGGUAACGUCUAUGCCAACCACACCUUGAGCGAAAAGUAUAACAAACCAUUUGGUAUUAACGAUGUCAUUGGAUGCGGUGUUAACUUCACUAACAAGACUAUUUUCUAUACCAAGAAUGGUGUUCAUCUGGGCACCGCAUUUAAGGACGUAUAUUCGCCGUUAGUAGCGGUGAUUGGUAUGAAGGACGACAACGCCAUAAUGACAAACUUUGGCCAAAGCGAUUUUGCAUAUAACAUCGAAGGUUAUGUUUCUCAAGUGGGAAGGAAGUUGAAGGCAAAAAUAAUGAACCUCGCAACGAAAACAGACGAAGAUGAGGAUGUCAAUAUGAAUGCUUCUACUGGAACGUUAUCAAACAACCCAAGUUCACUUGAUCUUUAUACAGCAGACACGGAGGAUGCCAUCUUUUAUGAUGCAAGAGCGCUGGUGGCUUCAUACUUUGAUUAUCUGGGAUAUGUUGACGUAUGUAAAGCCUUCGCAGAGGAGAUAUCUGAUGACGAUAAGGAAAUUGGGAUCACCAAUGUGGCUGGUGAUCCUAUAGACACCGAGGUUUUACAGAUACGCCAGCAGAUUCGGAAUUACUUGAUUAAGGGACAGCUGGAUGAGGCUAUCAGUUUAACAAGAAUGAAGUUCCCCUCUGUGUUUGAAGAAGAUGGCUCUAUACUGUUUGAAUUACAAUGUCAAAAAUUGAUCCAACUGAUCAAAGAGUCCAAGAUUGACGAGGCAAUUAAGUUUGGACACAGUCUAUCCGCAAAUCUCUCGUCUGAGUCCAGCAAACAAUUAGACCAUUUGAACGAUAUCUUUUCGCUUCUUGCUUACCAAGACCCUUCAGAAAGUGAAUUUGGGUAUCUGUUAAGCAACGAGGAAGUUUUGAAACUAUGCAAUAGGCUAAACGGUGAGAUCCUGAAAAGUCUUGGAAAGACCAGAGAAUCAUUGUUGAGCUCACGCAUUGAAGAAGUUAAGGCGCUGAUUUCAAGCCUUAAUGAGAGCGAAGAACUGGACUCUCUAAUUCUAACGAAGAAGGAUUUAGGAAUUGACUAACUCAUAUACAUUGCCUUUUUUUUACAUAAAAGAGAUAUAACCUUGAUUCAAACAUACACACCAACAUAGUCAGCGAGCGUAAUUGUACCAAAUCUGUUAAUGGUGUGUUAGUAUAUCCGUGCUUUAUACUGUGUUGACACAUCAAGAACCUACCCAAUGGACAAAGCUGCUAGGGCGCUGAAAAUAACGUAUUUGAUGGAUCCAGCUCUUGUAUGCUUAUCAUCAACUGUUGCCAAACAAAGGAACACCAAGGCUAUAGCAGAGACGAAAACGUAUGUGUUAGUCAUAUUAUUAAACAGUUGACCAAUAGCUUAUAACUCACAGAAAAUGAUCAUGUUUAAGGACAGGAACCCAUUACUCGUGGUCUUAACCGGCGCAGACCAUGGUUCC